UAUUUUACAAAUGUCAGACGUUGACUACAACAGAACAACUAGAUAAUUGUCAAUUAGAGGGUGUUGUCAUCUGAAAUGUUUAUUUUUGCUCAAAUGUGAUUCUUUCAACGAAAUCCUACCAAAAAUUCUUAGUGUCUAAUUAAUUCUACUAUAGAGCUAGUUUUAUAUAAGUCAAACCGUACAAAAAUGUUUUUCUUCAAAAAGAAGAGUCAUCAGGAAAGUCCAGCAGUUGCAGUCAUAGGUGCUCCAACAAAUGUUAACCAUGAUAUCCAUGUUAGUGUUAACAAAGAUGGAUUACUGGAAGGCCUUCCUUCUGCAUGGUGCCGACAAAUCGGUAAGCAAAUCACCAAAGAGGAGCAGGAAAACAAUCCAGUUGCUGUUAGACAAGUGCUUCGAUACUAUAACUACUCCAUGAAAAAACAAGAAGCAACCCCUCAAUUCAAGCCUUUGGUAACCGAAAAUUAUAUUGAUGAGGAAUCUGAAGAGAUAAGUAGGUUUGAGAAUUCAAAAGAGGCCCAUACUAGUAGAGAAUCAAUAUUAUCUUCAUGUUCGGAAUAUGAAAACACCAGGCCUGGAACUUUCUGCACAACACCAAAAACGAAACAAGAAGAACAAAAUUUAAUGAAAAUCAAGAAUUUAGCUAAAAGUAUAGAAAACCUCAGUAUUAAUGAAACGGUAGAAAUAAGAAAAAAAUCAGACACAAGCGAGGAUAGUUUUAUAAGAAGAAAAACUGGAAUGACUGAUGAAGAUUACAUGGCAGAAUUGAGGAAGUUAUGUAACCCUGGAGACCCAAACCAAUAUUACUUAAAAACAAAUAAGGACCUUGGUUCUGGUGCUUCUGGUAUAGUUUUUGUAGCGACCGAUCUCAGGACUGAACAAACUGUUGCAAUUAAAGAUAUUGACAUGAAGAAGCAGUCCAGAAAAGAGUUGUUAGUGAGUGAGAUACGAAUCAUGAAAAAUUUCAAGCACAAAAAUUUAGUCAACUUCCUUGAAGCUUUUGUAAUGUAUGAUGAGCACUUGUGGGUUAUUAUGGAGCUCUGUGAUGGAGGUCCAUUGACGGACGUCGUCACAGAGACAGUCAUGAAAGAAACUCAAAUCGCUGCGGUUUGUUAUGAGGUGCUACAAGCGAUCAAUUACCUACAUUCUAGAGGAACAAUCCAUAGAGAUGUGAAGUCUGAUAAUAUUUUGUUAGGCAUGGACGGUUCAGUCAAAGUGAGUGAUUUUGGCUUUUGUGCUCAUGUGAUUGGGAAUGAACAGAGAGAAACUAUGGUCGGAACACCUUAUUGGAUGGCUCCAGAAGUUGUCACCAGACAGAAAUAUGGUAAAAAAGUGGAUAUCUGGUCAUUAGGUAUUAUGAUAGUUGAAAUGUUGGAUGGCGAACCACCUUAUUUGAGAGAACCUGCUCUCAGAGCCCUUUAUUUAAUUACUGUUAAUGGUAGACCAAAAAUUACAAAAUGGGACAGUUUGUCCCUGAACCUGAGAAGUUUUAUCGAUUGGUGCCUUCAAGUUGAAGUGGAUAAGAGGGCUACUGCAGAAGAAUUGUUGGAACAUCCAUUCCUGGAAGACAGAGCAGAUUUGAUGUCUUUGUUACCUUUAAUUAAAGCUGCAAGGAAGCAGCUUCACAAGAAUUACUGAUAUUUAUGAGAUUGAGCAUUACAUUACGUCCCUCAUCAAGCAAUUUGAAAGGCUGUCCUUGCAUUUCUAGAUGUAAGAAUAAUAUACAUAUAUAUAUAAAAUUACUUACGGUUUUGAUAAUUGGUAUUUUUAAAUUUUUUAAUUCGCCUUUAUUAUAUGACAAAAUUGUACCUAUGCACUAUAUAAAUAUAUUUUAUGAUAUAUCUUACCCAAGUAUUUCAAUUAUACUUUUAUAAUUUUAUAUAAUUGAUGUGUGAAUAAAGGGUUUUAGUCAAGACUA